UAUGGCGCCAACGUUCAAUUUACCUUCGUUUUCGGAUAAAGGAAGUGUGUUACAUAAUAAAAAUGACGCAAGAGUCGUUAUAUCUGGGAUGUCGGGUCUAUAUCCAGAGUCUUACAGCGUAAAGGAUUUGGCCAAUAUUCUGUAUAAUAAGAUCAACCCAAUCAAUAAUACAAACGUCCGGUGGAAGUGUGAACAUCCCGAGGUAGCGCAGUACACCGGCAAAAUGCCAGGACUAAAACACUUCGAUGCUCAGUUUUUCAAAGUUCAUUACCGUCUUAGCAAUAACAUGGACGCUAUGGGUCGCAAGUUGCUGGAACAGUCAUAUCAGGCAAUUUACGAUGCAGGUAUUUGUCCAGAAGAACUUUCUGGAAAGAAAGUUGGUGUCUACGUUGGCAAUUGUAUGUCUGAAAGUGAAAAGGCUAUUUUUUAUGCCGCAUAUUCUAAGACAGGUUUUGGUAUCGCAGGAGGUAGUAAAUCGAUGUAUGCAAACCGCAUAUCGUACUGGUUAAACGCCAAAGGUCCUUCUAUGAGUAUAGACGAGGGCUGCUGCAGCUCCACCGAAGCCUUGAACCAAGCUUACCUAGCCAUCAAACACGGCGAGUGUGAAGCAGCCAUUGUCGGAGGAAGUAGUCUUAGUUUGCAUCCUCAGUCUGCUAUUCAUUAUGGGAGAAUCUUAAAUUUAAGCAUGGAUGGUAAGACUAAAUCCUUUGACACUGAAGCAGAUGGGUGUGCUAAAUCUGAAGCAAUUAACGUCCUUUUUCUUCAAAAAGCUGAAAAUGCAUUAAGAAUUUACGCAGAAGUCGUACAUGUAAAAUGUACAUAUUUACCAAAUACUCUUCAUGAAACAAAAAGUCAAAAAUUAGGUUUAUAUAGGGAUCCUGACAACAUGGCCAACGUUAUAAGUACUUUCUAUGAUGAAGCAAAUAUAUCGCCACUAGCUGUUGAAUAUGUCGAAGCUUGUGGUUCUGCUACACCGGAAGUAGAUAAAGCAGAACUUGAAGCCAUCCAAAAAGUUUAUUGUAAUAACCGAAGGCAACCACUUUUAGUUGGCAGUGUUAUGUCAAAUAUAGGUUAUUGUGAAGCUGCAUCGGGGAUAGCUGCUAUUACAAAGGUUCUUAUAGGAUACCACUCUGGAAAGCUAGCAGGAAAUUUAAAUUGUGACUCGCCACGAAACGAUGUAGCAGCUUUGCGAGAUGGUCGUAUGCGCAUUCUAACUGAUCAUCACGGUUUUGACCGUUCCUACACAGCUGUCCAUGGCAUCUCACUUACUGGGGUUAAUGCACAUGUUCUUUUAUAUGGUCAUCAUAAAGCUACGGACCCAAGACGUUACAAGACAGAUAUUCCUCAUUUAGUAUUGAUAUCUGGCAGACAGGAAACUUCCGUGAACAAAAUACUUCUGGAUCUAAAAUCUCGCCCGGUUGAUCCCGAGGAAAUAGCUCUACUGCACAAUAUUCAUAAAACAAGAAUUUCUGGACAUUUAGGAAGAGGAUUUAUACUUCUUGACAAAAGUGAAAAGGACGAAACCAUUUGUGUGCACGAAGAGUCAAAUUACUUUGACGACAUCAAGCGGCCGCUGUGGUUCGUAUACAGCGGCAUGGGCUCCCAGUGGGCCGGCAUGGGGGCACAGCUCAUGAGGAUUCCGAUAUUUGCCGCUGCUAUUGAAAAGUGUCGUCAUGUAUUGGAACCUAAAGGACUGGACAUUGUGCAUAUAAUUACAUCUCCAGAUAAAACCAUAUUUGACAAUAUUCUUAAUUCUUUCGUUGGAAUUGCUGCAAUACAAAUUGGUCUUACCGAUGUAUUACGGGCUAUGGAAAUAAGUCCUGACAAAAUUAUCGGUCACAGUGUGGGUGAACUAGGCUGUGCGUACGCAGACGGUUGUUUGACAGCCGAGGAAAUGAUACUGUCUGCAUACAGCCGCGGUCUAGUCUCUGUGCAGACUCCGUUCAUUCGUGGAUCAAUGGCAGCCGUUGGACUUGGUUUCGAACGGAUGUCUAAAAUGGUUCCACCUGAGAUUGAAAUAGCUUGCCACAACGGCCCCAACUCUAGCACAAUUUCCGGUCCCGCCGAUAUCAUGAAAGAAUUCGUGGCUCAACUUACUGCGAAGAAAAUAUUUGCGAAGGAAGUGCCAUGCUCAAACAUUGCAUAUCACUCGCGAUACAUCGCUGAGGCAGGUCCAGCUCUGCUCAAAUAUUUGGGUGAAGUGAUCACGUCCCCAAAAGUUCGCAGUAGACGCUGGGUUUCAACGUCAGUGCCACAAGAAAAAUGGAAUGAUCCCAUCGCAAAAUAUUCAUCCGCAGAAUAUCAUACGAAUAACUUACUUAAUUCAGUGCUUUUUGAGGAAACAUCGAGGCUUAUCCCACCAAAUGCGGUAGUAGUAGAAAUUGCUCCUCAUGGCCUUUUGCAAGCUAUCCUCAAGCGUUCUCUGCCUGAAUCCUGCAAGCACGUACCAUUGACAAGACGUGGUCAUCCAAAUAAUGCAGUUUUCUUGCUGGAAGCUCUCGGAAAUCUCUUCAUGGUGGGAUACAAUCCGAAAGUGCAAGCCAUAUACCCGAAAGUAGAAUUUCCAGUUUCUACUACAACGCCAAUGUUGUCACAUUUAGUGGAAUGGGCGCAUCACGAAAUAUGGAAUGUACCAUUAUUUGUGUCAGAAGAAAGCAAAGGUGCAUCUUCCUGCAAUCAUAUUAUAUCGAUCCAUGAUGACAGUCACGAUUACUUAAAAGGUCAUGUUGUUAGAGGAAAAAUCUUAUACCCAUUCGCUGCUGCGUUAGUAACUGUUUGGGAUACAUUAGCCAUGGUGUUGUCAGUUCCAAAAAAACAACUUUCAGUCAAGUUUGAUCAUGUACACCUUUACUUACAACCUGUGCUUCAGGACCGUGAACCAUUGCGACUAUAUGUAACUAUACAAAGAGGCAGAGGCUAUUUCGAGGUUUUGAAUGACAACGUCAAGAUCGCAACUGGUUUUAUUACCAGUGAAAUUAAAGAAUUUAUAAAUGCGAAAGAUAAAUUGGAAUUAGUGGAAAACUUGGAGCUAAAAUCAGAAGAAAUUUACGAAUUAUUAUUCGCUAGAGACUAUAACUAUACGGAUGAGUUCCGUAGUAUUUGUAAAGCUAAAUUGUCACUAACAGAAGCUCACCUACUGUGGCAAAACAAUUGGGUGACGCUUAUUGAUGGUAUGAUCCAACUCAAUGCACUUAGGCGUCAUCACGAUAGUGUAUCGCAACCAAAUUUUAUAAGAAAAAUGGUCAUCGAUGUUAAAAAUCAUUUAACAGCAGUAGAUGAUGCAAAUGUUAUAUUGGUUAAACUUUGUGAAGUGAUGGAUACUACCAGAUGUGGAGGGGUCAUUAUUGAAAACAUUAAAUUCCACGACAUGCCUUCACUAAACGAAGGACAGAUUGCUUUAAAAACUGAUAUCAAUGUUAUUCGGAGUGGUAAAUAUUUUAAACCAAUUCAAGAAAAUAUAUCGGAAGAAAAUAGAAUAGCUCUAGAAAUUACACGUUUUGGUGAUAUUGACUUUACAAAAUGGAUAGAAGUAACAAAAUCAAAUCAUCAAGGAAUUUCAGUGAAGGUGCAAUACGCAGGCUUAAGCGAUGCUUACAUAAAGAAAGUAUUUGGAGUGGCCACAAAAGAAAGCAUCGAUAUUAAGAAAGUGAUCGAAUAUGACUUCAGUGGUGUUACAAAUAGGAAAGAACGCGUGAUGGGUAUCGUCCAAGAUGAAUCAAUAAGCACGCACAUCCAAGCAAAGCCUGAAUUGCUGUGGCCCGUACCUGAAUAUUGGACUUUAGAGGAAGCAGCUACUGUUCCAUUAGCCUACUGCUUGGCAUUCUACUGUCUUUGCAUCAAAGCUAGGUUCUACCAUGGCAUCAGCAUUCUCGUGCACGACGGAUCAGGAGCUUUAGGUCAAGCGAUCAUAUCUAUUGCACUCGCACACGACUGUGACGUUUAUACCACAGUGAGCAGUAUCAAGAAAAAAAGAUUUUUGCUCAAUUUGUUUCCAGAACUAAAAGAGGAUCAUAUCGGCUGUUCCCUGAACAACAGUUUUACGGAUAUGGUUCUUAAUGGUACAAAACGCGGAGGGUGUGACAUUGUUAUAAUCUCUUUAAAAGGACUCCUACGAGAUGCAUCCAUAAAAUGUUGUAAAUUAUCUGGAUACGCUAUUGAUACUUCGCUUAUACUGGACGAUGAGGAUUAUAUGUUUGGACUGUAUCAUCUAACUAAAUCUAUCACUUACAAUACACUGCAGUUUUCCUCAGUAUUUGAUAUUAAAAACACAGAAGAUUUGAAAAGACUACAAUUGAUGGUGAGCGAAGGAAUCGCUCGCGGCUACGUGCUUCCGCUCUCUCGGGUGGUGUACGCGGCGGAAGAUGCCUCACGAGCUCUGCAGCUGCAAGCGAGCUGCAGACAUGUUGGCCGAGUGCUACUACAUUUAGAACAAGAUAUCUCCUGCACUCAGAAUAGGUUUCGUGCCGGUUGUACUUCAACCAUCGAACAAGCUAAAGGUAAAAAUAAUUUAAAGAUAGACAGACGAAUGUCGAUUAUGAUCGAUAGAUUCUGUUCUAGAAUAAGCUGCUCACCUGAUCGACUACAUAUAUUGUUAUCUGAGAAUGCUGUUAUGGGGAUGCAAUUAGUGGAAAGAUUAGUAAAACGAGGAGGAAGAAGAUUCUUGCUAUGUUUCACAAAAAAAUCAAGGAGCCUUUUAUAUAAAAUCAGGUCCUGGGAAAAUCAAGGAGUUCAAUUUAAAAUUUCUUAUGGAAACUUGUGGAAUGAAGAUGUUUUUGAUUUACUAAACGAUAAAAUCGAAAACGUUGAAGGAAUAUAUUGUAUUAUGAAUUCUGAUUCAGAAAUUGGAAACAAUAAUAAACAGUUGGAACAUCUGAAUCUAGCCAUACGAAGAUUGAAUUGGCCCAUAAAGUACUUCGCAGUGAUUGAUUCCAAAGGUGGUAUUAGCAACAAUUUAAUAAAACUAACAGAACCACACGAUGAAUUCAUAACAAUCAAAUUGCCAUCUUUAGAAGUCGUUGAAAACAAUAGAUAUUUUCCAGUCAGUAAUGUUAUUGAUGCUAUAGAAAAAGCUAUAUGUAACAAACAACCUCUCUUAGCUGUGUAUCAUACACAAAAUUCUUUUGGCAACUUGGUAGAAGAGUUAGCUAAUUUAGCAGAUUUUUCAACCUUUGAUGGGCCGUCUUCAUUGCAAGAUGUGACACUUGAAGAACUGGGAAUGGAUCCAUCAAAAUCUCAUAUUGUCAGAGCUUAUUUGCGGGAUCUUCACAAUGUUUCACUGGACGAAAGCGAUAUACCAUCGUUAACAAUAAAAAAGAUAGGGGAGUUAGCUGGUAACGAAGAAAAAGAAGUGUUUAUUGAAACUGAGGAUUUGAAAACAUUCUUAACUCACAUUGAUUCAGAUGAACUCCUGGCUACAACAGAAAUAGUAUUUUUACCGACACUAGCCACAAGUUCUGCCACGAGAGCUGAUGAAUUUGACGUAAAAGAAACAUAUCUGUGCAUAGUACCGGGCGUAGAAGGGUUACACGUGCGAUUCCGUGAACUAUGCGAGCGGAUCAAGGUACCUGCACUAGUGUUGCAGCCAGGCGUUGAUAAGCCGCAGGAGACUAUACAAGAAAUAGCACAAAGAUAUACUAAGAUUCUUCUGAAAAAGACUCAAUUAAAAAAGCGCUUUUAUUUUCUUGGAUAUGAAAGUGGAGUUUUAGUUGCCUUAGAAAUGGCAGCGAUUCUCGAAGACAGUGGGUUAAAUGGCACGAUCUUCUGCAUCGGUGGUGCACCGCAAGAAGUUCUCGAAAAGUUUGAUGAAAAAUUAGCUAAAUUCGAAACAGAAGAAUCAUUGCAGUCAGCAGUAGCUAGCCAUAUGUUUAAGUUAUUGGUCAAUGGCGAUAGCCCCGAGAACCUAGAUAUUGAUCUGAAAAGCAUUCCUACUUGGAAGGAGAAAGUAUCGUUCUGCGUGCAGAUGCUGUUGGGGCGAAUUGAUCAUUCUAUUCAGUAUGCAAAAGAAAUCAUUGAAGCCGUAUAUGAAAGAAUAGUACAAGUGCGACGUUAUCAGUCACAGCCACGUCCACUUCGCUCCCUCCUCGUUACAAUUCGGCCCUGGACAUCUACGACGAAUAACGUUAAGUUUCAUUCUUUGCAAAGUCAUUCGCAACAAAAAGUCGUAGAGUACCAGUUGCAAGUUCCUCUGGCGUAUGCCGCACAAGACAUGCGCUGUGCUGCCAUUGUGAACCGUCAUUUAGACCAAGAUAUUCUUGAGGGAUUCGAUAAGAAAAAUUUAUGCGAAACUUACCAAACAAAAGCUGAUUCAUUUGUAUUUAUUGAAUCAAUGUUGGUUUGAUUCUCUGAUCGCAUUAUUCAUUAUUAUGUGUUAUAAACUUUAUGUGAUAAAAUAUUAAAAACAUUUUAUGUGUGGGCAUCUUGAGUAUUAUUAUGCCAAA